AUGUCUGGUCACGGAAAAGGAGAGAAGGGUCAGGGGAAAGGAGGCACUAAACGCCACAGGAGGGUGCUCUGGGACAACAUCCAGGGCAUCUCCAAACCCAACAUCCAAUGUUUAGCUGUAGAGGGAGUGCCAAGUACAUUCCCAAACUCAUCCAUGAGGAGAUCCGCACAAAGCUCAAGGUUUUCCUUGAGAAUGUCAUCCGUGAUGCCGUCACCUACAUUGAGCAUGCUAAGAGGAAGACCGUCACCGCCAUGGAUGUCAUCUAUGCUCUUAAAAGACAACAAUGUACUCUCUAUUGUUUCAAAAGAUAAAUCCUGA